UAGAUUUCUUGGACUCACCUGGUCUAGCUUGGAAUAACCCCAAGAGCUAGCCUGAGAAUAGCUCAAGAAAGUUAUUUGAAGUAUAUGAGUUUAGUUUAUAAACUAAAAAUAAAUUUUAAGAGAAGGUUUAAGUAAAUUGAAAAAGAAAAAAUUCACAAGAAAUGUUCACCCAUCAACAAUCAAAAUCUACUUUUAACUAUAAAAAAAAAUUUCCUGCAAUCUUACCAAUCCAUACAUACCGCCUUCAUUAUACUCUCACCCAUCCCACUGAAGAUAUUUAUCUCCUUCCUAAUGCUAUUACAACCCAAUUCAACUUUCCUUAA